AUGGCGCCUAUUAUGGAUAGGCGAGGUAGAAAAGUCGAAGAUGCAAUUGUCUCAGAUAGUGCAAGGAAGCAAAGGUGUCAGAACUUGACAGCUAGUGCAAGGAGAGCUAGGACUGCUAAAGUGGCUUCAAGUGCUCAAAAUGGAACUCAACAAGCAAGUCUAGAAGGUGUUCAACCAAGUGCCCCUCAAUCAGAACCAGUUCAAGAAGAAGCAUCCGAAGAUAGAGUACCAGAAGUAGGACAACCUAGUGGUGCGCAAGAAGAAGGAGAAGCCGAAAAGAAAAAUCCUCCUCGAAAGAAAGCGCAACACCUUGUCCCAAAUGAACUGAAGGUGAAGGAUAUUCCAGAAGGUUAUCAUUCCGAUGCGGUUCGGUUGCUCAAACCGACCGCCGCACCAACUAAAAUGCUGGAUUGGCCUUUGAAGGAUGAAUGUGAAAGGUUCAAGACCAUUAUUGAAAAUUCAGGGUUGGCUGAUGCUGCGGAGAACUCAAUGUUGGAACAUGACCGGGUGGCUAUAUCGGCGUUUUUGGAGAGACUUUAUCCUGAGACCGACACCUUCCAUAUGUCGUUUGGGGAGAUUACUAUUACCUCAGAUGAUGUUGUGCAGAUUGUUAGACUCCCUGUCCAUGGCAAAGGUGUUAGGGAUGAAUUCACAAAGCAGUUGGAAUGA